GGCGGCUUUGCGGCUCUCCAGCAUGGAGAGAGUCUGAGGAGAAAGAGUGAAGCUGGAAAUAAAACUCAUUCUGGGGCUGGACCCAGCAACUCAUCUCCAGCAUGAAUCUCAUUGGACCGGUGGGUCGCUUCCCAGCAAUGACCACUUGCACGAAAUUACAUGCAUUUCAAAGCCUUACCGCGCUCCAUGCACAGGCUGCUGGGGAGACAGGCGGCUUGUGACCCAGGCUCUGGAGAAAGGACUUCCCUGCAGUUCUCGUUUCCUGGCUCAAGUUUCUGUUCUCGGUUUUGGUGGCUGUAUCCACCCACAUGUGCGGUGGGUACCUACAUCCCAGAGUGAAGAAGUUAGAAAAACAGCAGCUGGGUGAGUGGCAGCCUUCAGAUAAGCAUCUCUGUCUUUGUGGGGACUCCAGGGCCUGCCGGGCGCAGGGAGCAUUUGUCAUCUGUCCACCAUGGACAACGGGUCGUGUUGCCUCAUCGAGGGGGACCCCAUCUCCCGGGUGAUGCCUCCGCUGCUGAUCCUGGCUUUCGUGCUUGGUGCCCUGGGCAAUGGCAUCGCCUUGUGUGGUUUCUGCUUCCAUAUGAAGACCUGGAAGCCCAGCACUAUUUACCUUUUCAACUUGGCCGUGGCCGACUUCCUUCUCAUGAUCUGCCUGCCCUUUCGGACAGACUAUUACCGCAGAGAUAGACGAUGGGUCUUUGAGGACAUUCCUUGUCGGGUAGCGCUGUUCAUGCUGGCCAUGAACAGGGCUGGGAGCAUCGUCUUCCUCACGGUGGUGGCCGUGGACAGGUAUUUCAAAGUGGUCCAUCCCCACCACAUGCUGAACACCAUCUCCAACCGGACUGCAGCUGGCAUCGCCUGUGCCCUUUGGACCAUGGUCAUCCUGGGAACCCUGUAUCUUUUGAUGGAGAACCACCUGUGUGUGCAAGAGAAGACCAUAUCCUGUGAGAGCUUCAUCAUGGAGUCGGCCAACGGCUGGCAUGACAUCAUGUUCCAGCUGGAGUUCUUCCUGCCUCUCGGUAUCAUCUUGUUUUGCUCCUUCAAGAUUAUUUGGAGCCUGAAGCAGAGGCAGCAGCUGGCCAGGCAGACUCGGAUGAAGAAGGCUAUCCGUUUCAUCAUGGUGGUGACGGGCGUGUUUGUCACGUGCUACCUGCCCAGUGUGUCGGCCAGGCUGUAUUUCCUCUGGACGGUGCCCUCGAGCGCCUGCAACCCCUCCGUCCACGUUGCCCUCCAUGUCACCCUCAGCUUCACCUACAUGAACAGCAUGCUGGAUCCCCUGGUGUAUUAUUUUUCAAGUCCCUCGUUCCCAAAAUUCUACACCAAACUCAAAAUCCGGAGUUUGAAACCCAAGCGGCUGGGACGCUCCAAGACACAGAGGCCGGAGGAGACGCCAAUUUCAAACCUCUGUCGCAAGAGCUGCACCAGUGUGGCUUGCAAAUAGCUUGCAAAGCCAAUUGGAUGUGCCGCGGGGUCUCCACGUGUGUUGAACCAGCACUGAAACAGACAGAGAGACAAAAUCGAGGACAGGCUGGCAACUUAGAAAUAAUUUCUGCUGAGGGGUUUGAAAAUGCUGCCCUUUCUCAACUAUAUCCCCCUCACUGUGUUGGAAAAAAAAAGCUCAGGCUACUAUGCCUUCUUGGAAGGUCCCAGUUGAGAAGUGAGUCGGUUGCAUUUAUACGAUCUUAUUACAAGGAUAAGGGCACAAGGGGCAUGUGUGUGACGGGCGGGGGGCAGGGGGCGGGACUAGGAAGAGCUCAGCUCCUGUGUAAUUUUAAACAGCUGGGUAAAUAGGUACACGUGUUUAAACGGUCCGGUCCUCCCCUUGGGGGGAGUUAGUGAACUUAAUGACUUUAUCAGUAUUUCCUAUCCUCCCACCUUAAAUCAUUACUUGCCUUGGAAAAUAGAAACCGGACUAAGUCAAUACUAUUAUUUCAGGCUGAGUGAGGCUCUGUAGCUUGGAAUGUCUUGAUUCCCAUGAUUUUCAUCAGCGGGGGUGAGGGGGGGCGGGGGCUCUGUUCAUUUCUUGACUUCUCAGUAGCCCAAGAACGACAGCAAAACAAUGUGCUCUGACCUUGUUUGGGCUCCACAUUUUUCUGCAAGUCUUGGCAUUUCAGAGAACAUGCUGAGGGGAUAUGUUUACCUGCCCUGAUUUUUCCAGUGGGAGCUGAGUGCUUGAAAAAAGUCCCCUGGUCUUUGGAAAGUGCGGAGUCCAGGCUGUUUUCACCUGCUUGCUAUGUUGAACUUAUUCAUGAGCUGAAAUCAUUCAUUCUCCACGUAUUUACUGAAUUGAUAUUCUGUGCCAGGCACUGUACCAUGUCCCUUUUACCUGGAAGCUUGUUAGUCAACUCUUGCAUGACAGCAAAGUUUUUUUUUUUUUUGGGGGGGGAGGCAAACAGAGAGGUUAGUUAACCUUCACCUUUUUCCACACAUAUAGUUCCUAGACCAGUUUCUGCAAACACCUCUUCUGGAAAAAAGUAAGUGCCCCUUAUACGCAUGAAUCUCUCACAUAUGUACCUGGAAACCUCCAAACCCGAUGAUUCUAUGAAAUGACAGGCUGCCCUGCGCUGGAUGAGGAAGGAGUCUAAGCCAGCCUUCACUCAGUUCUCAAGUCUCAAAAGGGCGAGUCAUGCUUGGCACCUCUAUUUACCCUUUCUCAAAUUCCCAGGGUCUUCUCUGCACUUAAGGACUCCACCAGCUUUUGGUUCUUUGGCCUCGAAACUCCCCUCAUUCCUUCCUAGCUCCCUUUUCAUAGGCACUGCACCGCCUAGUGGUGAAAAGCACGAGGUGUGGGGAAGUCAGACGAAUCUAAGAAUGAAUCCCAACUCAGCCACCUACUAGACGCGGGAUCUGGAAGCUGAUUGUAUUUAACCACUUUUAGCUUUAAUUUCCUCAUCUGUCAAACAAGGGUAACAAUAGUAUUGACUUCAAAUCCUGGGCUGAUUCAAGGACUCCAAGGUCCAGAAGUUUGGGGGCUUUGCUCACUGUCAUAUGCCCAGUGCCUGCACAUAGUAGGUGCUUAGUAGAUACUUGAAUGAGUGCAUGAACAGCAUUAAACUCAGUGUCUGGCAGUAAGUACUCCAUAUUAUAGCUUUCUAUGUUAACACGCUGAGGCACAGAAGCAAUUUCCCUCGGGGUUCCCAGCGGCUCCACAGUCACUACCGGAAUUCUGCUCCCCAGCUGCCCGGGGAGGAGGGAAGGCCAGGAUUCUUAUCAGCAUCAAAACAGCAUAUAUCAUCCUGUGAGAAACCUGUAAGAACCCACACUUCUGUUUUUAAUUCUUUCCUGGGCUGCUCCUUUGUUGUUCCAUCUUAAUAAA